AUGCGCAAUUCUGGGCGUCAACAUCUCCACUCAGUUGGAAGCUUGAUUGUCUUAGCAUCGGAGCUUAAUUUGCUGAACCAACACACCUCCCCACUGGAAGUUGGAAGCCCAAGAGAAACCCAAGAGCCCAAGAAUCCAAAGCUUUCUUGGACGAUGCUUAUCUUCACGACGGUCAGAAUCACGCCCAUGUCGGCCAAGAGCGGUAUUGGAAGUUCCAAGGCGGCACGGCUCGGCGUUGUGGAGGUUAUCGAUAUUUGUCUCGGCCGUUCUUCUGGUGGCUCGAAAGUUGCAACGACUGGUGUCGGGUUGACGCCGAGUCGUAAUUGA